UUAUAGAUAUAGCAAAGCAAAGGGCCAGUGGGUUUCACUCAUAAUAUCACUUCGCUUUCUCUUUUCUUUUCAAUUUCUUUCUUUAUAUUUAUAUAUUUUUUUGCUUGUUUAGCUGCACCAAUGGCGACCGAUGCUAAAGCAGAUCCAGAGCCGCACUGCAGAGAAGACGAUGACAACGCUCCCGCCACCGCCGCAGACGAUGAGGACACCGGUGCUCAAGUAGCUCCUAUCGUCAAGCUCGAGGAAGUCGCUGUCACUACUGGUGAAGAAGACGAGGAUCCGAUUCUCGAUCUGAAGGCAAAGCUGUAUAGAUUCGAUAAGGAAGGGAAUCAAUGGAAGGAGAGAGGAGUUGGAAAUGUGAAGCUCUUGAAGCACAAAGUCAAUGGCAAAGUCCGUCUAGUCAUGCGCCAAUCUAAAACCCUUAAGAUCUGUGCUAACCAUUUCGUUAUUCCAACAAUGACGGUGCAAGAACAUUCUGGAAAUGAUAAAUCAUGCGUUUGGCACGCCGCUGAUUUCGCUGAUGGGAAUUUGAAAGAAGAGAUGUUCUGUAUCAGAUUUGCUUCUCUUGAGAAUUGUAAGACCUUCAUGGAGACAGUUCAAGAUGUUGCUGAAAGUCAGGGAAAGAAAGAGGAAAAUAAAGACGCCACAGUCACUGCUGAUCUCCUCGACAAGUUGAGUGUUGGAGAAAGUAAAAGUGACGGUAAAGAAGAAGAUACGGUCGUUGCCUCCGACACCAAGGAAGCCGUCAAAGAUGAAGCAAAAACAGAGGAAGAUGAGAAGGAUGAGGCUGCUUCAAAAGCAUAGACCUGAAAGAGAAAGCAACAAUAUACUCGAGUAAGUUUAUUAUAAAAAAAUAUUUAGUGGUUUAAGGAGAGAAUUAUAUAAAUAUAUUCCCACUCAGGUUACGUAGUUUUCUUAAUAUUUGCAAAAAAAUCAAAUUAUGUUGGAACCUGUGGAUGGGAGGGUUUGUUUGUUUUGUCUGCAUGGAAUUGUAAGAGUUUUAAUUUGGAAAAUCUAAAGGUAUUACGUUUGGUUUGAAGGGCAAACCGAUGUUUUGAUGGAAA